CUUUUACUCCUACCCUGUCGCGACAGGGAUACCUCCCUCCUCAAAUCCUGUGACCCCUCCUUAAAAAAAUAAUGACGCAGCUGUGAUAAGACCUCUUGAACCGAACAUGGACACUGGCGAGUCGAAAAAAGAUCGGGACCAGAGAGUGGCCCAACUCUGGCAGCGCCUGGACACCAGGGAAGAGGGACAUCUUGAUUUCAAUGGCCUGAAAAAGGGACUGAAAAAGAUCGAUCACCCCCUGAAGAAUGCGGAUCCGAUGCUGCGCGAGAUCAUCAAGGCAGUCGACACCAACGGUGAUGGUUAUAUCGAUUAUCCUGAAUUCCGGGCGUUCGUGGACCACACCGAAUCCGGCCUAUGGCAACUGUUCGAGAGCAUCGACCGCAAUCACAACGGGGAGAUCGACAAAAAUGAGCUCAAGACCGCUUUUGCGAAAUCCGGGGUAACGGUCUCAAACGCUAGGUUGGAAGAAUUCUUCGCCGAGGUCGAUAGUAACAAAGAUGGCGUCAUCUCCUAUGCGGAGUGGAGGGAUUUUCUUCUGUUCCUGCCCGCCUAUUCGUCUUCCAACCUGCGCUCUGUCCUGUCAUACUACACGGCCACGGGAAAUCUAAACCCGGAAGGAGAUGUCCACAUCAAUGAUCUGCAGGGUUUAGGUACAGACCACUCGUUUCUUAAACGUUAUAUCUUGGCCUUGCAGAACAUCCUGUCCAACGUUUUCCCAGUGCACGUUUUGACAAACCUGAUUCCCUCAGCUUACGCGGAAGCCCCCGGCGUAACCAAGCUUGGAGUCGCGUUUGAGGAUGAUUCUGUACCCUUAGAUGGUGACCUGGAAUUGGAGUGGUUACCCAUACCCAGGACUGUCGCCAUGUGGAUGUCAUUCCGCUAUUAUGAACGAAAGUUGACCGAAAGCACUCCUCAAUUAGGUUACUUCCUUGCGGGUGGUAUCGCAGGCGCCGUGUCAAGGACGGCCACUGCACCUCUGGACCGGCUCAAGGUCUACCUCAUUGCUCAGACCGGCGUGAAACAAUCAGCUGUCCGAGCAGCAAAGGAUGGGGCACCAUUGCGCGCAGCUGGGAAGGCUUCGAAAACCCUGGUCGAGGCUGUGAAAGAUCUGUGGCGUGCGGGAGGGAUUCGGAGUUUGUUUGCAGGAAACGGGUUGAAUGUCUUGAAGGUCAUGCCCGAGUCUGCCAUCAAAUUCGGUGCUUAUGAGUCUGCGAAACGUGCUUUUGCUCGCCUGGAGGGCCAUGGCGACCCAAAACGACUUAUGCCUGCGUCACAGUUCCUAUCUGGGGGCUGUGGUGGUAUGGUCGCUCAGUGCUUUGUCUACCCGUUGGAUACCCUGAAAUUCCGUAUGCAGUGCGACACUGUUGAAGGAGGUCUGAAGGGGAACCAACUCAUCGCAGCCACGUUCAAAAAGGUGUGGAGCAGACACGGCCCUCUUGGCUUUUUCCGUGGCUUGCCCCUUGGUCUUGUCGGCAUGUUUCCUUAUGCGGCUCUCGAUUUAUCCACGUUCGAAUACAUGAAACGAGCCUUGAUCGCGCGAAAAGCUCGCCUGCACAAUUGCCACGAGGAUGAUGUUCCUCUGAGCAACUUCACCACCGGCGCGAUUGGUGCUAUGAGCGGAGGCUUCGGCGCUUCGGUCGUCUAUCCCCUGAACGUUCUCCGGACGAGAAUGCAAGCUCAAGGCACCAUCUUGCACCCUGCCACCUAUAACGGAAUUGGGGACGUUGCGCGCAAAACCAUCCAGACGGAAGGAUUCCGUGGCUUUUACAAAGGACUUACGCCCAACCUUCUCAAGGUCGCGCCCGCGGUGUCCAUCAGCUACGUUGUCUAUGAAAACUCCAAGCGGAUGCUCGGGUUGAAAUAGACAGGCGACGAGGCAAUGCCCAGGUGUCUGCGCGCUGUAGAUUCUGCCAUCUG